ACCCAGUUGUGUGUCUAUUAACAGUAAUAAAUCAAUGACUCGAAAUCCACCUGAUCUCAGAGAAUCAGUGACCUCUGACCCAGUCAAUGUGGAAAGAGAUGGUCAGACUGGAGAUCUGCAACAGGAUUCACACCAACCAGUGGAUAAUGUUCUGCAGAAAGUCAAAGAGACUCACAAAACCAGCAUGAAGACAAAUUACGAGAGCUUAUUUGAUGGAAUCAAACUACAAGAGAAUCAAACCCUCCUGCACAGGAUUUACACACAGCUCUACAUCAUAGAGGGAGAGAAUGAAUGGGUGAAUGAAGAACAUGAGGUUUCACAUAUGGAGAAAACACCCAGAACGCAACACUUACAAGACACUCCAAUCAACUGCAAUGAUAUCUUUGAUCUCUUACCUGAACCAAGAUAUAAGACAAAUAAAAGAAUGAGGAAAGAAGAAAUAAAGACUGUUCUUACUAAAGGGAUUGCUGGAAUUGGGAAAACGGUCUCUGUGCAAAAGUUCAUUCUGGAUUGGGCUGAGGGAAAAGCCAAUCAGGAUGUAGAUUUCAUGUUUGUGUUUUCAUUCCGAGAGCUGAACUUGAUUAAAGAUGAGCAGUACAGUCUUCACAGACUUCUGCUUGACUUUCAUCCUGAACUUCGAGAUCUGGAUUCAACGAUUUAUGAGAAGUGUAAAGUUGUGUUCAUCUUUGAUGGUCUGGAUGAAAGCAGAAGUACACUGAUGUUUUUAGACAGUCAGAAAGUUUCUGAUGUGACUGAGGCUUCAUCAGUGGGUGUGUUGAUGACAAACCUCAUCACAGGAGAGCUGCUUCCAUCUGCUCUCAUCUGGAUCACCUCCAGACCAGCAGCAGCCAAUCAGAUCCCCUCUAAAUUCAUCAAGCGUCUGACAGAAAUUCAGGGGUUCACUGACCCUCAGAAGGAGGAAUAUUUCAGGAAGAGAAUCAGUGAUCAGCAUGAAGCUAGCAGAAUCAUCUCGCACAUUAGAGGAGCAAGAAGCCUCCAUAUCAUGUGCCACAUACCAGUCUUCUGUUGGAUCUCAGCCACUGUGCUUCAAAACAUUCUCAAACAAGAUCACAGAGCAGAAAUCCCUAAAACUCUGACUGAAAUGUACAUCCACUUCCUGCUAAUUCAGAUCAACACAAGGAAUCAGAAGUAUGAUGAGAGAGAUCCAGAAAAACUCCUGCAGUCCAACAGAGAAGUGAUUGUGAAACUUGCUGAACUGGCUUUCAAACAGCUACUGAAUGGUAAUGUCAUGUUCUAUGAGGAGGACCUUAGAGAGUGUGGCAUAGACGUCACGGAGGCCUCAGUGUAUUCUGGGAUUUGCACUGAGAUCUUUAAGGAGGAAUCUGUCAUUCAUCAGAGGAAAGUCUACUGCUUUGUACAUCUGAGCUUUCAGGAGUUUCUGGCUGCUUUCUAUGUGUUUUACUUCUAUAUGAGUAGCGCUACAGAAACACUAUUUGAUUCACUGUAUGAUCUGCAUAAAAGAGUAGUCAAAAAAGCUCUAAUGAGCAAGAGUGGAGGCAUGGAUCUUUUUCUGCGAUUCCUGCUGGGCAUUUCACUGGAAUCCUGUCAGAUACUCUUACAAGAUCUACUGACACACACAGAGAACAGCUCAGAGACCAUCAGGAAAACCACACAGUACAUCAAAAACAAAAUCAUAAGUGACAAAAAUAUCUCAGCUGACAGAUCCAUCAAUCUGUUCCUCUGUCUGCUUGAAGUGAAUGAUCAGACUCUGUUCAGAGAGAUUCAGGAGUUUCUGAAAUCAGAGAAACACUUUGUGAAUAAACUCUCUGCUGCUCACUGCUCAGCAAUAGCCUACAUGCUUCAGAUAUCAGAAGAGGUGCUGGAUGUGCUGGACUUAAAGAAAUACAACACAACAGAGGAGGGCAGAAGAAGACUUAUACCAGCUGUGGUCAACUGCAGAAAGGCUCUUCUUGCUGGUUGUAAUCUCACUGAUUACAAAAUUGUGGUCUCAGCUCUCCAGUCAUCAGACUCACCCUUGAGAGAGCUGGACCUGAGUAACAAUGACUUGCAAGAUUCAGGAGUGAAGCUGCUCUCUGAAGGACUCAAGAGUCCAAACUGCAGACUGGAGAUACUGAGGUGA